AUGUCGCGUUCUACGCAUCGGGACGACUUCUUUCAAACCUCGGCUGCCUUGGAAGAGCAGAAGCGAAAAGACGCUAAAUCUCGGAACACAGAUGGGAGCCCCAUCAAGUUGCAGAGUAAGAUAUUGGCCAUUGCAGCAGAUCCUGUGAGCCCAGGUGCUGUGUUUGUUGCGCAGAGUACUGGAACUGUCCGGAAGAUUAUAUUAGAAACAGGUGAGACUGCUGCCGUUUUCAAGGGCCCGACUGCCCCAGUGACAAGCCUCUGCUUCAGUCCUAAUGGCAAGCUGUUGUUUGCGGGUUGCUGGGAUAAGACCAUUUGGAGCUGGGAUGUGGCUUCAGGACAGCCGCAACACCGAUAUGAAGGCCACACCGACUUCGUAAGAUCGGUCAUCAGCUCAAGCCUACGUGGGCAAGAUCUUCUGAUUUCAGGAGGCGCCGAUGCGCAAAUCUUAGUUUUCGACAUCGCCAGCGGAAAGCGACUUUAUACGCUCAAAGGCCACGCCAAGGGUGUCCAGGCCUUGAUUAUGGAUGGGGCUUGCCUCGACCCGGAGAGCAAGUCACUUGUUGUAUUUAGUGCUGGCAGUGAUCGAGAAAUUCGUUGGUUUGACAUUACCUCCGGCAGUCAAGAUCUCACCGCCAUGGAUCCUCUUUUGGCGCAUGACACAAGCGUUUACAAGUUGUUCAUCGACAGCGACGGAGAUCUAUGGACGGCUUCUGCUGAUAAGACAGCCAAGUGCCUCGUGAGGGAGGAUGGUUGGAAAGCGAACCUGACGCUGAGUCAUCCGGAUUUUGUUCGAGAUGUUGUAGUCUACGAGCAAGGUGGUUGGGUCAUCACCGCAUGCCGGGACGAGGAAGUUCGAGUAUGGAAUCGCUCGACCGGUCAACUUUAUCAUACGUUUUCCGGACACUUCGAAGAGGUUACGGGGCUCGUUCUCAUAGGGUCUACCGUCGUCAGCGUCAGCAUUGAUGCUACUAUUCGCCAAUGGUCUUUGAGUCCUGACGACCUACGAACGGCAGUGGAAAAAGCCAAGAGAACCAAGGCUGAGGAGGAGGAAUCGGAGCAAAACCCCGAAUCGAUGCUAACCGAGGAAGAAGAGCGGGAAUUGGCGGAGUUGAUGAAUGAGGAUUAAUAGUGUUUAGGGCAGGAUCAUACUAGAUACCGUUGUCAUAAACCUGGACAGACAUUAACAAGACACAUGUUAC